AUGGUAUCACGGAGCACGCGGUCAACGACUUCCAAACAUUUCGAGAAGUCUAACGCGACACAAAAAGAUAAACCGAAGGCAGCAGCUUCGAAAGCACCAGGCGGCCGGUCGAAACGCAAACAAACAGAGCCGGAAGACUAUCCUGAAGAAGAGAGUGAAGACGAGCAAAGCGACGCGUACGAAGAUGAAGAGGAGGUCGUGAGCGACGCAGACUCGAUAAACAGCGAAAACUUGGACGACGAACGCGAGACAAAGCCGGCUAAACGCAAGCGCGCCUCUGCUAAGUCAGCCAAGUCGUCGCCGAAGAAGACUAGCUCUCCGCGAAAGAAGAGGAAGACGUCAGAGGAGGAUGAAGACACGGAAUCGGAGCUGGAGCUGCAGGAUGGUCAAGAAAUUGUGGGCAGAGUGGUGCAGGCUCCCAAAACUGGUCGAGUACCUCCCGGUCAGAUCUCGCAGAAUACCCUUGACUUCCUAGCACAACUGAAGAAACCCGAAUGCAAUGACCGAGAAUGGUAUGUUACCAGCAUUGUGAUGUUUACCGGGCCCCAGCCCGUAUGGCGGGUCGCUGAGAAGGAAUGGAAAGACUUCGUCGAAGCAUUUACUGACGUCCUUGUUGCAAAUGACCCACAGAUUCCGUAUCUGCCGCCGAAAGAUGCCAUUCAUCGGAUUUACCGUGAUGUCAGAUUCAGUAACGACAAGACGCCCUACAAAACCGGGCUCUCGGCGACUUUCUCACGCAGUGGUCGGAAGGGCAUCUUCGCUAAAUUCCGACCCGAUGGGCAGAGCCUCAUUGCAGCAGGGGCGUGGUGUCCGGGCAAGAAUGAGCUCCAGACCAUUCGAAACAAUCUCCAGCGCUCAUCCAGACAGUUUUGGCGUAUUAUCUCUGAGGAGACAUUCGUCGGACUUUUCGGCGAGGCGAAGCCGCAUCCUAACGGCGGGCGCCAGAGCAUUUUUGGAAGGGAAGACGAACUAAAGGUCGCGCCGAAGGGGAUCGACAAGACUCAUAAAGACAUCGACCUGCUGAAAUGCCGAUCGCUUUGUGUUGCUUAUGAAUUCACGGAUAAGCAAGUGCUUCAACCCGGGUUCAAAGAGGAGCUCGGUAGGUUCGUCAAGAUUUUGCGCCCGUUCGUACACUGCAUCAACGAGCUCAUGACCCUUCGAGAUACAGACAACUCGGAUGAUGAUGAAGGUGAAGAUGAAGAGGAGACAGACGAGUGA